UUAAAAAAAGUAGGUGAAAAUUAGGAAAAUAGAAACGUAGACGGCAACACUAAAACAAACUGUCACGUGCUCCAUUUGUAGACGAUACGUCGGAUAAUUUUUCUCCCUAUAUUCCUGAUUAAAGACGACAGCGGAUCUCCUCCGUUUUCGCUUCCCUGUCUUGAUUUUAUUUAGCCAUUGUAACUUUGUAAGAUUAGUUUUCUAUUGAGCCUCUUCGAUUAAAAUAGCUUUCGGAGUUGUUAGAAUUUACAAUGCCGCCAUUUAUGCCUGCCCCGAAAGCUUUCGGUGCCUUACUUUCACGUAAAAUCCGCAUAAGACAUUUGAUAACUCCUCCCAAACACGAUGGGCAAUUGCUGAAAAUUGAUCAAAUUCGACGGUUUAGUAGCAUAGCAGGGAUCCAGACCCCGACUGUCCAUAAAUUGAUUGGGACUACUAAGAAUAAUAUUGAUUUCUCGUUAGCUAAUUUGUACCAUAUUAAUAUUCUUCAAAGGAGGCAGUUUCUUGGAUGUGGAGACGGGGAAGAGGGUGGUGUCUUGUCCAAAGUAUAUGAAGAGCACCGUGUAUUAGGCUAUUCUCCAGAGCAGUUAUUUGAUGUGGUUGCUGCUGUCGACUUGUAUCAUGGGUUUGUCCCCUGGUGUCAGCGGUCAGAUAUACUGAAACACUACCCAGAUGGAUCUUUUGAUGCUGAACUUGAGAUUGGCUUUAAAUAUCUUGUUGAAAGUUAUAUUUCCCAUGUGGAAUUAAACAGACCAAAGUAUAUAAAGACAACUGUGUCGGAGAGUACCCUCUUUGACCAUCUGAUAAAUAUUUGGGAAUUCAAUCCUGGACCGGUUCCAGGAACUUGCAGCCUUCAUUUUUUGGUGGAUUUUAAGUUCCACUCACCACUUUAUCGACAGGUGGCAUCCAUGUUCUUCAAGGAGGUGGUCUCUCGAUUAGUAGGCUCUUUCAGUGAACGCUGUCGGUUGAUCUAUGGACCAGGAGUCCCAGUCCUUGAAAAUUCUUACAAACAAAGGGCAUGAAAGUUUGCUUGUCAAUUUAACUAUGACUGGCGGUGAAUGAACUCCUAUGAAGUGCAUUUUGAAUGAUGGGGAGAUCAAGUAGAAAUGGUCUUGCCUUGCCCACUGGGUGGUUUUUGUUUUGUAUACUGCUCAGGCACCGAUGUUUUCAUAAUCAUAAAAAGUUAAAAGAACCACAUUGGGUAUUUUAUUUUUCUCGUUCUCUUAACCUUUUGAUUAAUCUUACUCACAUAUUUACUUGAUUAGUGUGACUCUAGGCUUUCUGAAAUUGGAUAAAUUUUUUUUUUUUGUACUUUACAACCACAUCAGCUCUGAUUGGAUGAAAGGUUACAACAAUAAAUUAUUGUUACGAGAUUGUUUUCUGUCAUAAUAAA